AUGGUCGACGUAACUUGCGCAAAAUUGAAGAAUUCAAAGAACGCAGCACGCAACAAAAACCACGUAGAAGAUGGAGUAGUUCCCCAAAGAGAGGAAGAAGAGCGACCGGAAGGGCAACAGGAUGAGAGGAGUGGGUCAGAACGAGGAGUUGCUCCAGGAAUUGAACCUGUCAAGAAAAGCGCGGAAAACGAUUUACAAUUUGAAGAAGAUGAGAUCAUCAAGACAACCCUGAAAGGGAAGAACAUUGUUGAAGAUGAUUUCGUCAAGUACAUGAAAGCCGUACCGGACACACCGUCAACAGGCCAACCAGAUACGAGAUCUAAAUUGGUAGAUCAAGCUCUACUUGCCUUAGGUGGCAGAAAUUCAAAUUAA